AUGCCCAAAACAGAAAAGAAUAUUCGGCCCAGAGAUAUGGCAACCUUCACAGGCAAAAACAUUGUGGUGACCGGGUCCGCCUCGGGGAUUGGUCUCGCCAUCACGCUGACUCUUGCAGAGCGAGGCGCCACAGUCUGGACGGUCGAUCUCUCCCCGGCUCCCCCGGACGAACUGAGGGCGUGGAUCGAGAAGGGCACAGUGCACUUCGAGGGCGGCGUCGAUGUGGGCGACCGCACCACCUGCCGGGCAUACAUGGCCAAGGUCGUCUCCGCGGCGGGCAGACUGGACGGUCUGGUGAACAACGCGGGGAUCGGCCUGGUUGAAGGUCCUAUCGCCUCGGACGAGGCCUACGAUCGAAUGAUCCACGUCAACAUCGGCGGCGUGUGGAAUUACGGCACAGCCGCGCUCCGCGCGAUGCAGGAGCAAGAACCCCAGGGUCCGUGGGGUUCACGAGGCAGCAUCGUCAAUAUCGCCAGCGGAGCGGGACUGCGAGGCGUGAGCGGACUGGCAGUGUAUUGUGCUACAAAACAUGCCGUGAUAGGACUCUCGCGAGCGUGGCAGGAGGACUUUGGAAAGUUCGGCAUUCGAACGAACUCGGUCGCACCAGGUGCCACGGCCACUGCUGCCUUUGUGAAACGUGCCAAAGAGGAGGAAGGCUUCCUCGAAACCCUGCCGAGUAAUCCGCUGGGUAGAGUCGCCCAGCCCUCAGAGAUUGCAUCGGCAGUGGCUUUCCUUCUCUCGGACGAAGCCAGCUAUGUCGCAGGGGAAGUGCUUUCCGUGACUGGUGGUCACGCAUGA